GCGGCUAACCUAGCUCCUGUGUGAUCAUCUUGGUUUCUCCUUCGCGGCGCUCUGCAGACACGGCAACAUGCUACUGUAGAGCGAUAGCUAUUUGUUUGCAACAGACGUGGGUAUAGUUUACUCACGCAUAGCUCUAGAAGCUUGUGGGGCUGACGAGCUGGAACAUUUAUUAUAGUAGAAAUGCUGCGGACAUGACGACUAUCGGCGCUACUGCUAACGCGGCUAUUAGCCUAGCCGGCUAGGUAGCUGGGCCGUAAGCCGCGGAUGAAUCACGGCAGCGGGAAGCGGAGCUAGUUCGUUAGCUUGAUAGCUAACCUAAGUGGACUCGCGUUACCACUUCCCUCCAGCGUCGUUAGACCAACGCUAACGUCUCGCACGUUGGACCCGAGGCCACCAUUCGUCAGUUUGGCUAACGGAAGCGUAUUCCUUGCGCUAGCAGCAGCGGACUCGCAGGUCUGGAGCGAGCUUGCAGUCAUCGGGGCAUUGUGCGCCAUGUAGCCGCGGCGUGCUAACCAUCCAGCGGGGACGGUUGAGGCUGGUCGUAACGUUACAGGCAAACGUUUGAGCAGACCUGUUGUGGUUUGGAGGAUGGUACAGAGCGUGGUUGUGAGUAAGAGACGGGCUUAGUUCGGAGUCGGUAGAAGACAGGGCCUCGUAGAUUGCACGCGAGUUUGCGACAUUUCGUCUUUUUGUUUUUGAUCAUGUUUGUUUGAAAGCAUGUAAAGUUGGCGAAGUUUUGGAGAGCAACAAUGUGACGCCACUGAGCUCGGUUGGCCAUUUUGAGUUCACGAGUCGGGUGGCGGGCGGUGUUAGUCAGCAACAUGAACAACUCGGGAGGGUUUGCACAAGAAAAGAUGGAACUGGAUCUGGAAAUCCCAUCUUCUGCAGCUCAGACCGAGGGACUCCUGAGACGAUCCAACAGUGCACCCAUGAUCAACGGCUUAAGUGAUAACUCCCAAGUGUUCCAGAGAGAGGUCCUGCGUAGCCGGAGAAAUAGCACUACGGUUGUCAACAGGCCAAACAUGGUCCCAUCCUCACCUAUUCGUGUGCCCAGCACCAGGCUUCAUCAGAUCAAACAAGAGGAAGGUGUAGACGUGAUGAACAGAGAAACGGCUCAUGAGCGGGAGAUUCAAGCCGCCAUGCAAAUGAGCCAGUCCUGGGAAGAAAGUCUGAGCCUGAGCGACAACGAUUUGGAGAAGUCGGCGUCUUCGUCUCCGAAGCGCGUCGACUUUGUUCCCGUGUCGCCCGCGCCGUCUCCGACCAGAGGGAUCGGGAAAAAGCAGUGUUUCUCUCCGUCACUUCAAAUCCUUGUGAGCAGCAACGGGCUCACGCCGAGCCCGGUGCCCAGCCCGACGCGGCGCUUCAGCCGGCGGAGUCAGAGCCCGAUCAACUGCAUCCGAGCCAGCAUCCUGGGGCCGAUGAAGCGUAAAGGUGAGAUGGAGACGGAGAGUCAGCCCAAGAGGCUCUUCCAGGGCACCACCACCAUGCUCUCCUCUGACGUCUCCAGCCUGUCGGAGCUCAGUUCCUGCCACUCUCCAGAAAUGGUGGACGGCAGCCUCAGCAGCGUCGGAUCCUCCGCGGACUCGCCGGGCAAAAUGGAGGGCGUGUCGCCUUCCUCGUCCAGCAACUCGCCCUUCGCGUCCCUCCAGGAUCUGUCCCCGAAGUGAGCGACUGGACGAAGAAGAAGAAAGAAAAAGGCUUCUCUCUGGGGACCGACGUUUUCCCCUCUCGGACCCUCCCAUCUCACCAUCGCCUAGAUCUCGUGGACGUUCCCCGUGUUUGUGACCGUGCGGCUGUUUUCACGACUUUUGGAGGGUCUAGGGGCGUGUUUUUAUUUUUAUGAAGGGAACGAAAGCCAUGGCAGCGUUUUGCGUGGAAGACGUCGGCCUCGCGUUAGAAUGAAGACACUGAGCACCAGCUGCUAGUAGAGGGUCUUGGAUUGGUGCUCAGCUUCAUCGUGACUAUAGUGUUCAUAAGUGGCUCUGCUUAUGUCAGCAGUUCCCCUUCACGAGAGAGAGAGAGAGAGAGACAUUGAGCAAUGAACAUAAUAAACAGAAAGGCAACUUGGAUGUGUACAUUUUCCCUGUAUUUGUGCUGGAAACUUUAGUCCACAUCCCUUUUUUGUUGUAUGUACAGUCUGCAGAUUUUGUAAGAAAAGAUAUUUAACUUAUUGUUUUGCUGCUUUUUGUUUCUAAUUAUGUACAUAUAAACCGUGCCAGAUGUGUUGUACAUAGUUUAAAGUUUGCGAGGUGAAUGUGCACACAGGUCUUAAAGGAUCAACCGACUUACUGGUCAACUGUAAGAAGUUGUUUUCAGCCGAGUUCUCUCCGUAUUUUUUAACAAUGUGGGGAGAUUUAAUUGUGGGGAUUGUUUCUGGUCAGAUUGGCUUCCGUAACUUCUCCUCACGACUGGCUGCAACUUUUUAAUUGCAGAGUAUGAUCAACUCACGCACCUGUGUAAAGAAAAAAAACUCAAGCUGGUCGUCACUGUUUGCUCUGAACACUAAAGGUUCCGCUGUAUCCUGUGUUUGUCAGGUUUUGUAGAUAAGCGGAGUAUAGAACAUAUUUUCUUUCUACUGUUCUUAUUUAUGGAGAAGAAAAAACAGUUUAUUAUAAUAAUCGGCCGGCGAGGUCUCCAAACCAUUUGUGUUGUCGUUUACAGCUAAUCAGCACAAACUAAAUGGCGCCGUCACAUUGUGAGUCGGGCGGCUGCUUUUAUUCAAAUAGCUUUUUUUGCACAGGACGUGCGAUCCUGUGCCGCUUCCGCCCGUGUGUACUGUGUCAGCACGGCAGAAGUGAAACUUGACUGUCUGAAAGAAGAAAAAAAACAUGAUCCGAGAAUGCAGGAACGCCUGUACUGUGGUUUUUGUUUUUAUGCACCUACAUUUUCGUCCACCUGUCGAGCCCUGUGUCCAUACCCCCCCCCCCCCCCCGUGUUUUUUAAACAUGACCUUUCGUGGCUCUGCUGCAGCCGUUAGUGUUAAAAGAUGAAAACUGCACCCUUUUAACUUGGUGUUUACUGUUUUGUUUAAUUGACUUUUUCCUUGAUUUAAAUCAGACAGAGGGGGCAAGUCAAGAUAUGAUAUUUUUCUGGCAUGAAUUCAGCAAAAUAAAAUCAUGUACCGUGUGACUGCAAUGGAGAAACGGCUGUAAUCUGCCAAGCUGGCGCACGACUUGGCUUUGCUUUUGUGUCCGACGGGACUAAAUAAAUUAUUUGUUUAUUUCAAGCGUAAAUCUGUUUGUUUUAUGUUUCGAGAGGGUUUCUGUCUUGUCCUCGUCAUUCCUAAACCUCGCUCACUGCUCUGGAACCGAAUGGUAUGCCAGCCGUGUGUCACAUCGAGUUUCCAGUUAUCACAAAGUGAAGCUACAACCUGUUAGAAUAAUAACCUAAUCUCUCCACUUCAUACCAGACGGCUGAAUUGAGACUUUAUUAAAUGUUUGACGUCUUCACAACAA